AUGCCCCACGCAGACGAAAUCCGGGGGUUGCUGCCGCGGGGUUUCGACAUCAUCGGGGCACUGCUCGUGGGGGGAGGGGGUUCUGAUGCGGACGUCACUCGCGCACUGGAGCAGGCUCGGGCGCUGAGGGAGCUGCUGUUUGGUGUGGCGACUAGCCAUGGCUUGGUCGGAGGCCACAUGGAUGCAGCCACCGGGGAUAUUCGAUUUGUUGUAUCUGAGAGCGCAGGGACGGACUCGGUGGAAGGGUCUGUGGUUACAUGGGAGGAUGAGCCGGGGAGGUUGUUGUGGGAGAAGGGAUGCCUCCUGCGCUGCGAACUGCCGCUGAAGCUUCCACUCUAUCUUAGGCCUGAUGUGAAUUCUGGCAUCGAAGAACGAUUUUCUUCACUUAUUGAAUAUACAGUUGCUAAACUCAGAGAUCCUCAUGUAUCGUAUUUAGUUGAGGGGCCAAUUACAUCUAGUGAAUCACAUCUUUCUAUUAUCUUGCGUGGUGAUGAUUUAAGCUUUGAUUCACAUACACAUGGAAACUCAAGAACGAACUAUUGUACCACAAGUAUUGUAUCUUGUUCAGAAUUCUUCACAGAAAAGAGGCACAACCUCUCAUUGACAAGAGAGGAUGCAGAUCCAAUUGCAAUAACUGUCAACCAAUCAGCGAGUAGCUUGAAGCCUGGCACUACCCCUGUGGUAGAGUAUUUUCCUGCACCUGCCAGCCUCAGAGUAAUCAUCUUGAAGCUUGAUAUACUAUGCUACACAUCAAUAGAUUUUUCUGUGGCGGCUGCUGUAUCUGAACUUGUUAUUCCAGGAUUAGCUGAUCAGAUGAUUGUAAUGAAGAGGAUUAUUGCAUCAGAGAUAACUGAACAAGUACAGCUUUGUCCAUUCCAUUUCAUUCCUUCUGGUUUGCAUGUUCCGGUAACAGCGAUAUACAAUACAAGAUAUGGUGAGAUCGAGGAGAGGCAAAGUGAGCUGAGAAAAGAACUGCAUAUAAGGCUAGGACUUCCCUUAGAUCGGCCUUUGUUGCGAAUUUCUAAUGCAUUGACUUUUGGUGGCACGGGAAAGAGGAAGAAAAGCAUGCCAAGAAGUGGUUCUUCGCUGCUUCGAGACGUCCACAGAAAAAUUCCAUCUAGUGGUGUAUCUGGAGGUGUUAUGUCUUUGAUUGAUGGUUCGUAUGAGUAUUAUCAUUACCUUCACGAUGGUAUUGAUGACAAUGGAUGGGGAUGUGCAUAUCGGUCUCUACAAACAAUUGUCUCUUGGUACAGAUUGCAACAAUAUUCAUCAAUAGAUGUUCCUUCUCACAGGGAGAUUCAACAAGUUCUUGUUGAAAUUGGUGACAAGGAUUCAUCAUUUAUUGGAUCUUGUGAGUGGAUUGGAGCCAUUGAGCUAAGCUUUGUCCUCGACAAACUGCUGGGCGUUAGUUGCAAGGUUAUCAAUGUGAGAUCUGGCGAUGAGCUUCCUGAAAAGUGCAGAGAACUUGCCAGGCAUUUUGAAACCCAGGGAACUCCUGUGAUGAUUGGUGGUGGAGUCUUGGCUUACACCCUUAUCGGAGUUGAUUAUAACGAAGCCAGUGGCGACUGUGCAUUUCUUAUCCUUGAUCCGCACUACACUGGUACUGACGAUCUGGGAAAGAUUGUAAAUGGCGGAUGGUGCGGAUGGAAGAAGUCUGUCGACAACAAAGGCAGGAGCUUCUUCUUAAAAGACAAAUUCUACAACCUCCUACUACCCCAAAGGCCAAACAUGGUGUGA